AUGGAUAAAUCUCAAUUCGAGAAAGGUCAUCAAGUCCCUGUCUCUCAUCAGGAUGCACCGGGCAAGCAACACGAAAUGAAGGGCCCCGACCCCGUCGACGGCCACUUGCCCACCGCAGAUGGAGGUUCCCAACCCUACAAAGCGGCUGGAAAGCUGGCGGGAAAGAAGGCUUUGAUUACGGGAGGUGAUAGUGGAAUUGGAAGAUCUAUCGCUAUUCUUUACGCCAUGGAGGGUGCGGAAGUGACCAUCGUGUACACACCUGACGAGGAAAAAGAUGCAAAGAAGACAGAAGGACUCGUCAAGGAGAAGGGCGCGAAGAUCCACCUCAUCCAAGCCGAUCUACGAAGCCACAAAGAAUGCAAACGUGUGGUCGAUAAAGCCGUAGAGGAAAUGGGACGCAUAAACAUCUUGGCUCUAAAUCAUGGAACCCAGACGAUGAAAGAUAGUAUCAGUGAAAUCAGCGAGGAGCAAUGGACCGACACAUUCGCCACAAACAUCCACCCCUUCUUCUUCCUCUCCAAAUACGUCCUCCCCGGCAUGUCCCCCGGCGACACAAUCAUAACCUGCGCCUCGGUAAACCCAUACAUCGGCCGUCCCGACCUCCUAGACUACACCUCCUCCAAGGGAGCCAUCGUAGCCUUCACCCGCGCUCUCGCGAACCAGCAAAUCGAAAACGGCAUCCGUGUCAACUGCGUGUGUCCCGGCCCGAUCUGGACGCCCCUGAUCCCCGCCACGAUGAACGACGAGGCGCAGAAACAGUUCACGAGCCCGAUGGGCAGGCCGGGGCAGCCGGUAGAGGUGGCUACUUGUUUUGUGUUUUUGGCGGGCCCGGAUAGUAGUUUCAUUUCGGGCCAGAGUCUGCAUCCUAAUGGCGGGACGCAGGUUGGAAGCUAG